UCCCACCCAUGUGACUGAUCACAUGAUCAUGACAUCACCACAGGUCCUUAAGCCGGCUGGGAUCUGUUGUGUAGAGAGCUAUUUUCCUCGCUGACCCCCUAAGGAUGGAGAAGGACAGAGAACCGAUGGCUGAGAGAAUCUUACACCUCACCCUAGAGAUCAUCUACCUGCUGACCGGAGAGGAUUACACGGUAGUGAAGAUGGUGACUGAAGAGGGUGAAGGCCGGAGCAGGGAGAAGGUUCCUAUAUCAAGGUCUCCACCGCACUCACUAAUACAUAAGGGAAACAGUCAUCAGGAGAUUCUGGAGCUCAUCAACAAGAUGAUGGAGCUGCUGACUAGAGAGGUUCCUAUAAGGUGUCAGGAUGUGGCGGUCUAUUUCUCCAUGGAGGAGUGGGAGUAUGUAGAAGGACACAAGGAUCUGUACCAGGACAUAGUCAUGAUGGAGGAUCACCGGCCCCUCACAUCACAAGAUGGAGUCAUUGAUAGAAAUUCACCCGAGAGGUGUCCCCGCCCUCUGUAUUCCCAGGACUGUCCAGAGGGAAAUGUCCCAGAGAACCAUCAGGGGGGAGAUCUGACUAAUAUUAAAGUGGAGAAUGAAGAAGAAAUGAUUUGGGGCCAUCACCCGUGUAUGAGGGAAGUGAAGGAGGAAAUUCCAGGAGGUGUUGCCCCAGAAAAGGAAAACGUGUUAUCGCUAAAUUAUAAAGAAGAUAUCACAGAGCACUUUUCAGAAGAAAACCUCUAUACCCUUAAUGCCCAUCCAGGACUUCAUAGAACAGAUCUAUCAUAUUAUCCCCCUGAUCAUGAAGAACUUUCUCCAGACCAACCACAGGUUGUAGGGUCAAAAGGGGGGAAAAGAAUUCAAUGUGAUGAAUGUGGAAAAGAGUUUACACACAGCUCAGCUCUUUAUAAACACAAAAGAAUUCACACAGGAGAGAAGCCGUAUUCAUGUUCACUAUGUGGGAAAUGUUUUACCCGUAAAUCAGGCCUUAAUCAACAUGAAAGAAGACACACAGGGGAAAAGCUUUAUUCAUGUUCUGAAUGUGGGAAAGGUUUUACAGAUAAAUCAAAUCUUGUUACACAUCAGAGAAUUCACACAGGAGAGAAGCCGUAUUCAUGUUCAGAAUGUGGGAAAUGUUUUACAAAUAAAUCACAUCUUGUUUUACAUGAGAGAAGUCACACAGGAGAGAAGCCAUAUUCAUGUUCAGAAUGUGGAAAAUGUUUUACAGAUAAAUCACAUCUUGCUGCACAUGAAAGAAUUCACACAGGGGAGAAGCCAUACUCUUGUGCAGAAUGUGGGAAAUGUUAUAUUGCUAAAGCCAAACUUAGAAAUCAUCAGAGAAUCCACACAGGAGAGACACGGUAUCCAUGUUCUAAAUGUGGCAUUUUUUUAAAAAAUAAAUCAAGUCUUGUUAUACAUGAGAGAAUUCAUGCAGGCAGGAAGGUGCACACAUGUUCACUAUGUGGGAAAGCUUUUCCCAAAAAAUAUUAUCUUACCAGACAUGAGAGAAGGCACAUAGAGAAACCGUAUUUAUGGCCAGGAAGUGGGGAAGGUUGUGUUCCUGAAGGCAUUCUUACUGAUCAGAGAAUUCACACAGGAGAGACGCCGACCUGAUGUGCCGUGUGUGAAGAAUGUUGUACAAGAUCUAAUUUUAAAAUCCAUCAGAAAAUUCAUAAAGAGGAAAAAAAAAAAAUUGUG